AUUUCUUACCAAACCAAACGAAAAGCAACAAAUUCUCAUCUCAAGACAUCGAAGUCUCUCUUCUUCCUCCCCCCUCCCCUUCCCUCCUCCUCCUCCUCCUCUUAUUUUCUCUCCUUCCUUCAACUUUCUCGACAACCAAACAGUGCAAGAAAUCAGAAUCAUCAUCAUCAAUGGAAACCUCGCCAAGACACCAACAAGAGAACCCAAACCCUUCUCUGCUUCCUUCUCCAAACAGCCACAGCUCCAACAGCAGCACAAGUAGCACCCACAGCAACAACAAUGGACUUCAAGCUCCACCAACAACUCCAACUCCCCAACCCCCAAAACCCAUCACCAGAUCCGAAUCCGCCAACCCGUACCCGACCACCUUCGUCCAAGCCGACACCAACUCCUUCAAACAAGUCGUCCAAAUGCUAACCGGAUCCUCCGAAACCGCCAAGCAGGCCUCUUCAAAACCCGCCAACACCUGCCCAGACCCGCAUAACAAAACUCACAUACCACCCAUCAAAUCCACGCCCAAAAAGCAACAAUCCGGGUUCAAGCUCUACGAGCGCCGAAACUCACUCAAGAACCUCAGAAUUAACCCCCUAAUCCCCGUCUUCAGUUCCAACGCCUCCGGCUUCUCUCCCCGAAACCCUGAGAUUUUAUCUCCGAGCAUUCUCGAUUUCCCGGCUUUAGUUCUCAGCCCUGUCACGCCGCUCAUACCCGACCCGUUUGACCGGUCCGGGUCGGCCAAUUACGGGUUGAAUCCCAUUGGGUGUGCCCAUUUAAACAAGGAGGCUGAAGAGAAAGCCAUUAAAGAAAAGGGUUUUUACUUGCACCCGUCACCUAGCACGACCCCGAGGGAAUCGGAGCCCCGACUGUUGCCUUUGUUCCCUACGACGUCGCCUAGAGCUUCAGGUUCAUCCUCUUCUUGAACCAAACCAACUCUAAAUUUUUUAGUUUUGUUUAAUUUUAAUAUGUUAUUGUUGACAUUGAUCGUGAUGAUGAUGCUGAGGAUUGAGGAAGAUAAAUUGUAAUGGAAUAUUUGCAGAGAAUGAGAGAGUCCUUAAUCAAAUUGUAAAAUUUCAUGUA